AAGGAGCGACGCCAGUCAAUUAUUUUUUAUCAGCAGGUUCCCGCAUCGCAUGCUGGGCGGUAUUGUUCCAGCGAACGACGGAUUGUGCAACACCUGACUGCCCUACUCAAUUCUCUGACAUCUUAAGUCCUGUUCGCGGGCGCCUAGACUCACCAUGCCCCAGAACGAGUACAUCGAGAGACAUCGCAAGCUCCACGGGAAGCGCCUCGACGCCGAGGAGCGGGCACGCAAAAGGGCCGCCCGCGAGGGCCACAAGCAGAGCGAGAAUGCGCAGAAUCUGCGCGGCCUGCGGGCCAAGCUGUACGCCAAGCAGCGGCAUGCUCAAAAGAUACAGAUGCGCAAGACCAUCAAGCAGCACGAGGAGCGCAACGUAAAGGGUGCCCCCGCCGAGAAGGAGCCGUCCGACCCCAUCCCCGCCUACCUGCUCGACCGUGCCAACCCGACGACGGCCAAGGCGCUGAGCUCGCAAAUCAAGAAUAAGCGCGCCGAGAAGGCCGCUAGGUUCUCGGUUCCAAUUCCCAAGGUCAAGGGGAUCAGCGAGGAGGAGUUGUUCAAGGUUGUCAAGACGGGCAAGAAAACACAGAAGAAGGGGUGGAAACGUGUCGUCACCAAGCCCACCUUUGUCGGCCCCGACUUCACCAGACGGCCGGUUAAAUACGAACGCUUUAUCCGUCCUAUGGGUUUGCGUUACAAGAAGGCCAAUGUCAACGUCUCCGACCUAGGUAUUGUCACGGCAUCCGGGAAGAUUGCUUGGGGCCGCUACGCGCAGAUUACAAACAACCCAGAAAACGACGGCUGCUUGAAUGCUGUCCUCUUAGUAUAGCAUCAGAUGAUCGGUUUUUAGGAGCCCCAUGUGCCUCUGGGGUAGCUUGGCCAGCAAAGGGCAGGAUUUCUUGCAUGGGCAUGGCGUUUGGUGUUAAGGACCCGGU